AUCCUUAAUACAUUUCAAGGCAACUUGAUCUGAAGCACUGUUAAAUCACAUGACCUAAGUAACUACUCCACCCACAAUGCAUAUCAUUGGCCAGUCUCAUCUGAUGUUACAUUUCGCAUCUUGACACAUUUUUUAUAACUGAGAACUCUAGACUUUCAGACAUUCUGGAUGGGGUCCUCACUAGCUGUUUCCAUGGUUGGAUUUGAAAGCUUCAGCAAUAGCCAAUAAGAUGCCAGUGACUAAACUGGUACCACUUGGUCUGUUGCUUCUGCUGUAUUUCUCAGUAGUUUUCUGCAAUGCAUUGGAAAAUAGGUGCUGGACACUGAGUGAUUUUAAUUCACCAGUUCUGGAACAGGAUGGUGAUAUUGUAAUUGGAGGGCUGUUUCCCGUGCACUAUAUAGCCCCGGAAACUGACCAUAAUUACUCUGAACGGCCACAGCAUCAAGAGUGCAGCGGGUUUGAUUUUCGUGCAUUCCGCUGGGUCCAAACAAUGGUGUUUGCCAUUGAAGAAAUUAACAGUAACUCUAGUUUAUUACCAGGAGUGACACUAGGUUAUCGUAUCUUGGAUAGCUGUGAUCAUGUGCACACCAGUCUGCGAAGCAUGCUUUUCCUGGUGAAUGGCACCUUCAGUCAAGCAAAGGCUAAUGCUGAUGACAGUGCCAAAUGCCUUUCCAAUGCCCCAGUGCCAGCUGUCAUCGGUCUGGCAUCAUCAUCGCCCACACGGGCUGUGGCACAAACUUUGGGUCCAUUUGGAAUUCCACUGAUAAGCUACUUUGCGACCUGCACCUGUCUCACAGAUAAGAAGGAAUACCCUUCUUUCCUGCGUACUGUGCCCAGUGAUGUAUUUCAGGUGCAGGGACUGGUCCAGUUGGUUUCCCACUUUGGCUGGCGCUGGGUGGGUACAGUGGGCACAGAUGAUGACUACAGUCACUAUGGCAUCCAGGCCUUUACCGAGCAGCUUGAAAGACUUGGUGGCUGUAUAGCCUUUCACCACACUAUACCCAAAGCACCUUCCCAGGCACAAAUACAUGCGAUUCUUAAUAGCCUGGAGAGUUCCACUGCACAAGUGAUUAUAGCUUUUGCCACUGAAGGACAGCUGCUGGAGCUCUUGGUUGAAGCAGCUCAUAGGAAUCUAACAAGUAGACAAUGGGUGGCCAGUGAAGCCUGGGUGACAGCCAAACUUCUCACUAUCCCUGAACUUCACCCUGUCCUGGCUGGAACAGUGGGAUUUGCCUUUAGGGGCAUCACUAUUCCAGGCUUGGCUGAGUUUCUCCUAAGGGUUAGACCCUCACCUAGACCUGAAUCUGUUUUUACCAACAUGUUUUGGGAGGAACUGUUUGGAUGUAAGCUAGGUUAUAAGGAUGGUGGUGAUUCUGAGUUAUCAUCACUCUGUACUGGAUCAGAGGAUCUAAUGGAGACUGAGAAUAGCUAUACUGAUGUAUCAAGGGUGAGAAUUUCAUACAAUGUCUAUAAAGCAGUGUAUGCUAUUGCUCAUGCUCUACACCAACUGUUACAAUGUGGUUCUAAGGAACAAGGCUCAGAUCACAUUUGCAAGACUGUAUCAAAGUUCUCUCCAUGGCAGCUCCUUCACUACCUGAAGAAGGUACAUUUUACAAACCAGUUCAAUGAGAAGGUGUAUUUUGACAACAACGGAGAGCCUGUGCCCCUCUAUGACAUAAUUAACUGGCAGAAAAAUGACAGAGGUAGAAUCCAGUUUCAGAUGGUAGGCACCUAUGAUGGAUCUGCCCGACAUGGACAGCAGCUUAAGAUAGAUGAGGGGUUAAUUCAGUGGGCAGGGGGACACACUGAGGUUCCUGUUUCCUUAUGCAACCCUCCUUGCCCCCCUGGAACACGGCAGGCCACUCAACCAGGACAGCCUGUCUGCUGCUUUGAUUGUUUGCCCUGUGCUGAAGGGGAAAUUAGCAAUAUCUCAGGUGCUACUGAGUGUAUCAAGUGUCCCCAGUACUACUGGCCAAACAACGAAAGGGUUUCUUGUGUUGCUGGCAUAGAGGAGUUUCUCUCAUACCAUGAAAUCAUGGGAAUAAUUCUCAUAUCUUUGUCUCUCUUUGGAGUCGCUGUGGCAACUGUUAUCACAGUGAUUUUCUUCCUUUUUAGAAGCACACCCAUAGUUAAGGCCAACAACUCUGAGAUGAGUUUUCUACUGCUGUUGUCUCUCAAACUUUGCUUCCUUUGCUCACUGGUGUUUGUGGGCCGGCCCUCACCAUUCACAUGCCGUGCCCGACAAGCUGCAUUUGGGAUCAGCUUUGUUCUAUGUAUCUCGUGCAUACUGGUCAAGACCAUUGUGGUGCUUUUGGCCUUUCGUUCCACUAUGCCUGGUUCCAUUUCUCUAAAGUUAUUUGGCCCUCCACAGCAAAGGGUUUUCAUUUUCUGCUGCACGACAGGCCAAGUUAUCUUGUGUGCUUGCUGGCUGGCACUAGCACCUCCUUACCCCUACAAAAACACGUCCUAUCAGGGUGGUAAGAUUGUACUAGAAUGUAAAGAUGUGUGGCCGCUAGGAUUUUACCUGGUGCUGGGCUAUAUUGGAUUACUCUCUUGUAUGUGUUUUGCCCUUGCCUUCCUUGGAAGGAAACUCCCAGAUACAUUUAAUGAAGCUAAGCUCAUUACAUUUAGUAUGGUUAUAUUUUUUGCUGUGUGGAUCUCAUUUAUACCAGCAUACAAUAGCUCACCAGGGAAAUACACAGUGGCUGUUGAGAUAUUUGCCAUUCUUGCUUCCACUUUUGGACUUCUGUUUUGUAUUUUUGUACCUAAAUGUUAUGUAAUUCUGUUGAGGCCUGAUUUAAAUACUAAAAAGGGAAUGACUGGAAAAAUGUCAAAAUGA